AUUUUGAAAUAAUGAAAAAAGUGAAAUGGGGGGCAAAGCAAAUUAAACAGCCCUAAAGAGAGAGAGAAACCCGGCCAUCAGGGCAACACCAUUCCUUGGUCUCUGAAUCUCAAAAUCUCAAUCAAAUCGCAUCCCAUCCAUGUACAAAUUUCAGAUCUAACCAACACUCCCAAAUGUCCCACAUUCCCACCGCCGGCUACGGCACCCUCGCCGGCGCCACUCCCACUGGAACCACCACCACCACCACCACCACCACUACCUCCUUGGUGACUCCCCGUCCAUGGCGCGAGUUUCUAGACCUCUCAGCCCUCUCCUGCCCCUACUCCUACGACGACGCCAUGAUCCGGGUCCGAAGAAACCUGAGCCACUUCCGCUUCAACUACGCCGCCAUCACGCUCCUCAUCGUCUUCCUCAGCCUCCUCUGGCACCCCGUCUCCAUGAUCGUCUUCCUCCUCGUCCUCGUCGCCUGGUACUACCUCUACUUCUCUCGCGACGGCCUCCUCGUCGUUUUCAACCAAACCCUCGACGACAGAACCGUGCUCUGCGUUUUGGGUUUGCUCACUGUCGUUGCGCUCGUCUCCACUCACGUCGGCCUCAACGUCUUGCUCUCGCUGAUCGUCGCCGUGGUUCUUGUUGGCUUGCACGCCGCAUUUAGGGUUACCGAGGAUUUGUUUCUUGACGAGGAAAGUUCGUUGCUUUCCGUUGUGGGAACUCAGCCUCUCAGAACAAAUUAUACCCCCAUUUGAUUAUAUUAUGUUCGGUUCCGCAACCAUCAUCGAGUUUUUGAGUUUUUACCCCUAAUUUGAGAAGGGAGAGUUUAACUUUCGAAGCUGGGUCACUUGUUUUGAAGGCUAGUCACUUAAUGAGGCGGUGUUGUAAUUGUGUUUGUGGUGAUGCAUUGGCCAAAAUUGAAUUUGAAAGUGGAAUUAGGUGUGUUUUAUCAACUUAUGUCAGAGAGACACGGGGAUUUUCUGAGGAACUGAAUUCGUCAAAUUAGUGACUCACAAUGGAACUUUUUUGCUUGUUCAUAGUGUUGUUUUUCAGUUAAUAAGUUUGAGUCUCGCUGCAUAAUCUCAUUUUUUUCUAUUGCUAAUCUGUAGUGUAGUUAAUGUAUCUCACUGAUGAUUCUGUUUUUGUUGGCUGCUGUGUUGCCCGUGGUAAUUUUGAUAAUUUGCUCGACCUUGGAUGGAUGGAAUUCAUUGUGAAAUGCUGAUUGUAUUUUACACUUGUAGUUUUGUAAAUGUUCAUUUUCUCAAAUCUGUUACAGCGGCCCUAGCGUGUGGCUUAAGCUGGCUUGCCCUC